AACCGUGGUUUGGCUUCAUACGUAUGAUUGCAUAUUAUACAUGUAGCUCAACAGUCUGCAGUUGGCAUGGUUGGUAAACUGCUGCUGACACGGUGUAUCGACAGAUCGAAAUUCAACCAGUUUCUCGCCUACCAUCGCACUCUACAUCAUCUGCACAGCUGUUUGCCUCUGGUGGAUGGAACUGACAGAAUAUCAGAUGAAACAAGACUACGAAAACACCACCGAUUACAAUGAAACAUCAGAUCCAGUUUUUCCAAAAAUACCACUCUCUCCAAUCGAAGUCAUUCAGAUUCUCCUACCACUGGAGCUGACGCUGCCAGAAUGGUCCGACAUCCUUCUUCAACUGAUGAUGUUCAUCCUCAUCAUCGGGCGGUGGCUCCUGCCCAAGGGUAAGUUGUCACGUGACCAGCUUUCACAACUGUUGUUGGUGCAGUUUGGAAUGGCCGCCGACAUUCUAGAAUUGCUCAGCGAGGGACUCUCGGCUGACUUUGUGAACACACAGGGCGUCCUAUGGGUACUGAGCGUGUGGAGUUGGAGUCUGCCGCAGUUUACGCUUAGUCUGACCGUGACGAGAACAAGGAAGCCUCGGUGUUCGCCUCGUCUGGAGGCGCAAGUGAGCUCCCGGGAGGAGAGAAAUUACUACCGAUAUCGUGAACUGUGCUGCGCCACGGAGAUGUGGUCUAUCUUCCUGACCCUCUUCAUGCAGGAUGUGCCCUUCCUGAUGCUUCGCCUGUACAUAAUUUUCUCAGGGAUAGUGAAAUCAACUGUAACGACACAAGCGGUCUUCUUCUCGUGCAAGAAUGUUGUUAUCAUCCUGCUCCAACUGUACCGCGUGGGGGUGAUCCUGAGCGAGAACCGAGAGGAGAAGAACACGUGGCAGCUGGCUCAACUGAGGAACGCGCGUGAGGAGAGGCAUCCGGAGAUGCCCAGGAGGAAUACUGAGGAGCUAAUUGAACCAGGUCCAAUCACCUGCGAGGAAACUACAACUGGUAUGGUUUGGCACACUCAGCAAGCAGGAAUGUAUAAUCCACCUAACUGAUCAAGACUCGUGUCCAGCACGCAGACAGGCCAUCGGUUAGGCCCCAGCAGCGAACCGCUCGACCUUUUGCCAUCAGACUCUGGAAGAAGCCAAAACCAGUCGUGGCCUGUCGCCAUAGUCGAAGAGAAAGAGGUUUCAAGCAAGCUCACCGAAAUAAUUGAGCACUGCAAGUUUAGAUCAUGCCAGCUUGUUCAGCCACUUCCACAGCAGGGUCACGACCCCCACCAGGGUUCCAUGGAACCUACUGUUGAUGCCAAGUUAUGUACAAAGCAGGCCAUACCUAACUAGAAGCCCUAAAACCCACGUGCACCGCAUUUUUCAGAAAGAUUAAAAUUUAUAUUCUUUUUUGUAUACAGUCACCUACGCCAAUUGUUGUGUUAAAAAUAACGGGCUUUCUGCCACUGUCUGCAGAAAAUCAUUUCGCAGAGAGGCCCUCAAAUAUUUCGAAGGCUCCCAAAUCUGUUAAAUUAAGAACGUUGAAAAGGCACAAUAACGUAUCAGCCCCCGGCGACCGUGUCCAUUACAACGGCCCACGCUGCACCAUGUGCCCAAAUUGUCUCAGAUUUAUUUGCGGAUAGAGCGAUCCCUAUUCAAUGUCUUUUUUAGUCUUCUUCAGUAUAAAUCAGAUGGAAACCUUCCUAGGAAGACUUCUCAGUAUGUUUUGUGGCGGAAGUGCCCUUUUGGGGGGCAU